GAAGGUGGGAUGUGAUAAAGUGGGCUAAAAAAACCCCAGCAAGCUUUUUCUUGGCUUUUUGCCUUCCCUGGAGCUUUGGGCUGGACCAUGAACGGCUCUUUUUUCAACCUCCCGGAGGAGGGAGCUGAACCCAACAGGACCCAGGGCUUGGGGAUGCUCCUGGCUUGUUGCAACGGGACCAGCUCGGGGCUGGCACCUGGAAGUGGCUCCUCCGUCCUGGAGCUGGAGGAGAGGAAUUUAUACAUCACCCGGGUGGUACAGAUCGCUGUCCUCUGUGUCCUCUCCUUGACUGUGAUGUUUGGCAUCUUCUUUUUGGGCUGCAACUUGCUGAUCAAGUCGGAAAGCAUGAUUAAUUUUCUGGUGAAGGACAGGAGACCUUCCAAGGAUGGGGGAGCAACAAUCAUGGGACUUUACUGAAGCUUUUGGAGGCAAGUGAAGUGGCCUGAGCUGCAGAUCCCACAGCUGAGAGGAUGUGGGGGGAAGUGGAAAAGAGUUGGGGGGGUUCUUUUGAGGUGGCCCUGAAAAAUCCAAGCUGCCCUCUCAGCCCAGAAACUCUGUGGUGGUGACUGGGGGAAUGGCCCCAGACUUGUGUGAAGCCCAAGGAAUGUCCAGAGUUGUGUUGCAUGCUGAAAUGGUUGAAGUUUUGCAUGAAACUUGGAGAAAUAGUGAUAAUGUGGAGGUCUGGGCUCUUUUUUUUUUUUGCUGUUACCUUGGAUACUGCUCCCUGGGAUUUAGGACUAAAAAAAAACAUGGAAAAAAAAAAGGAAAAAAGGGGAAAAAAAGGUAAAUAACUCAUUACAAAGAGAAAAAAAAAAAUAACUCAGUCAAAAGAGAUAACAAGCAAGCAAACAAGAAAAAAAAAAAAAAGAAAAAACAUGGAUUACAUCUUUGACCAUAGGGCAGGGGAAGUGCCUUGUGGGUCACACAACCAAAAGCUGCAUGCUAGAAAAUCUUUUGGUCUGUUUGUAUUUCAGCCCUCCAGCAUCUUCUGGUAGAGUUUUGUAAUGAGGAAAGCAUGUUCUUCCCUUUUCUUUUUGAAAUUGCUGAGCUAUCCUGCUAAAUAACCUGCUCCUUUCACACUCUGUUGAACCCAGAGAUCUCUAAAACCCCUCACUCCAAGCCCAGAAUAAAAGCAUGUUUGGGUUUUGU